CGGAUGGACUCGAUUACAAAAGUUACUUCCUUGGCUUACGCUCGGGAAGUAAAAACGUUAAAAAAUUGAUUUCACUAUGCUACAAUUAUACUCGUUCACGGGGACUGCGUCGUCUAACUCGAUUUAUUUUUGUUUAAACAAUUUCCCUUUGGUAAAAUUGCAAACAAAACUUAAUCUGUCGUCUUUUUCGCACACCAAACAACAAGAAGUGCGUGGCCUUCAAAAAAAAAAGGCUACGGUUUGAAACACUCCCUAAAUUUCCAACAUAAAAGGUGAUCUUCUAUCAGUUCUGUAAACGCGCUAAAAACGGAUGGUUGCUUACGUUAUUAGAAUGAUUUUUAUUUUCAAAUCCGAUUUUGGGGUUUUGGUUUUAUCCUCGGCGCGAAUUUUAAUUUUUAAAUUUGGACGCCACGAUAGUGUCUUUGUUUCUUCCACUGACGAGUAACUAUAAAGCUGCUAAUCUCAUCGACCGCUGCCAUCCUAAAGGAGAUACAAGUGAAAUUCCAAAUAGUAUGAUAAUGUGUACUAUAUAAUAAAUAGGCUAUGAAAAAUUUGUUAAAGUUUAUAUGUGACACAUGUCCAUAGAUAAUAUCACAUGUCAAACAAAUAUUAUUUUGAAUGGGCGACGCUACAAAAAGACCUCUUCACAUUCCUCCGUGGCAAAUUCCCUACUUGGAAAAACAUAGAAUAUUUGAACUUUUUCACGAACUAGCCCGAGAACUUAUUAUCCAACAGCCAAACGAUCAUGUGUUGUUUCUCAAACAAAUUCUAUUUAAUGCCGCUAGAAGCAGAGAUACUAGCAGAUUAAUUAUUUUAUGUUCUCCAAAAAUUGACUGCUUAGAAAUUGCUAGAGCAAUUGCUGGAGUAACUAAUCAGAAUAUUAUCACUGAAAGUUCCUUAGUUACAUAUAGUGGGCAUUCGAAUCUAGAAAACUCGGGUGUCAGAGCUAAAUACACAGCUCGUCUUGUACGUAGAGACAACGCUUACGAAAAUGGCUGGAUUUUGGUGGAUUGUAUUAGAAAUAAAAAAGAUGCAAAAGCUCUCAUAAAACUGGGUAUUCUUCCAACGCAUGUAAUACAUUUUAUACCUUCGUUUCUUCCAUCUUUGACUGAAUUACUUUAUUGUCACGUUCCUAUUGAAUGGCCUGGAUAUAGAAGAAAUAUUAUGGCACUGAGGGAUGUUUUUAAAUCUGUUUUAAGUGAAGUUUUUAUACAGCAACGUACUUUGCAAGACAUUGUAAUAGAAUGUGUGGAAAUAUUAACAAUAAAACCCGCAAAAUAUGCAAUUAAACCAAGAGUUUUAAUACUGGGUCCAAGAGGAUGUGGAAGGAAAACUCAGGCAAAACUUUUAUCACAAGGACUUAAUUUGGUACAUGUUGAUUUCGAACGCUUGAUUUGUGAGGCCUGGAUGUCCGAAUCAGAAUUGGGUAAAAGACUUCGAUCCUGCAAAAAUGAUGUAUGUUUACAUUCAGAAUUACUGGCGGAAGUUAUUCAUAAGAGGGUUUUGGAAGAAGACUGUAUAGAGCACGGUUGGGUAUUAACUGGUUUUCCCUUUUCUAAAAAAGACUUCGAAUACUUAGACUCUAUUUACACUCCUCCCAACAGAGUAAUCUUUUUGGAAUGUGAACUUUCUGUUUGCAAAGAACGACUGUUACAUAGAAAAGUUAACGUGGACACUGGUUCUGUUACCAAUAUUAAAGAACAUCCAGAGGCGGAAAAAUUAAAACAAAUGAAAACUCAUCCAAAAGACAAUAAAGAAUUCAUCGACGCUGAGCUUUUAUAUUACUGUGAAAAUUAUGAUGAUUUAAAAAAUUACUGUGGUGCCACAGCUCAUUGUGUAAACAGCGAGCAACCUGGGCGUGCAAUUUACGAAACAAUUGUGGCGAUUAUAAUUAGAGCCCCAUCUCCAUCUGUCCCUAGAAGACCUUUUCUGGAAGAAACUGUUAGCACUGUAUCCUUGGACACUUGUUGUUGCUCACCUGUUCCCUCACAAGUUUUAGACUGCUAUAGUACAAAAUUAUAA